AUGUCGAAUGACAACGGUCUAGUAUUCAGCACUCUCACGGCGGUGGAGCCUGUUCCGAUACACGAUGUAGACCACUUUCGUGACGAAAUGCUGCGUGCCAGCAAUAUCUUCGGAAGUCAAAACCUGAAAAAUCCAGCAAACAGCACCCUAAGACGUGCCUUCCGCAGUGCUUUCACAAAGCUGAACCGCGUUACGUUUCCCAACCCCGGCUAUAAUCUAACCCCGCAAGCUGCUGGCAUAGGGCGUGCUAAUUUCAUCAACGAGAUGCGCCCGCUGCUUGACCAGAACAAUCGGUUAGCCGAUGGAAAUCGAUAUCGGUUCCCUGAUAUGUCAGGUUUUAUUGAAUUCGGGGACGAUGGGCACCCAACGGUCGAUGUGCCACUUCUGCCAUACCCGUCACAAACCACUGUAAGUUCGAUCGAUCCUUUUGCGAGUCGUCAUUCCUUUGCAGUCUACAAUCCGAAAGAUGAGAGUCAACAUGACCCUAACGUGCAACAGCUAUCAAACACCCCUUUCCGGCCACCCUUCCAGGCUUCUGCUGGGCCAGUAAUGCCGCCUCAACCAGUUAGUUCUUCGACUAUAAUCCCUCCAACACGCGCAACUCGUGUUAGGAUCGGAAGACAGUCCCCAUCAAGCUCUGCUCCGAUCCGUACCCGCGUGCUUCGUUCUUCAGGAUCCAUGGGCCCACCACCUCCUCGCCGUACUCCUGAUACUGCCAUACCCGCUGGUUUGCAGAGAGUGGGGGUAUUCGUAUUGAUGAACACCAACAUCGCUAAGCUGUCACGUAACGAGUGUCUGAACAUGAUGAGGAACUUUCUUAGCCGUUUCCAAAACGACGACCCUGUGGACCGCACGAAUCCUAGGUACCAGGAGGUGGUGCAUGAGUGGAAUCGUUGUAUCCAAGAUACUCAUAUGAGUACGAGUGACAAGGAUGCUCGUAGCAAUUUCACUCAUAUACGGAUAAUCUACAACCAACACUACGCGGAGCUUUAUGGCUGUUCGAUAGCUGCUAGUGCCUCUCUAAGCACUGCCGUUACCCAUACAGUUAGCAUGCAUGGUACCAACGACCCGUUGACAGAGCCGCACCCCAGCGAACAUAACAAACGUGUAAAAUAG